CAAUGGAGCUAUGAAUAUGCAUUGAUUACAGAGAGGCCAUUCAGUGGGUUUAUACAGUGGUAUUCUAAUCCAUGCACCUUCUCUGACAAGGCACAAAGUAAUGUGUGUUUUAGAUUUACAGUGGCAGGGAUUAUAUCAACAUAAUAGUAAAUUGUAGGCUAUUAUGAUUUUGGAUUUUUGCAGCUCUCUCUUCUCUUUCCUUCUUUCUCAAUGAACAAACCUAACUGCUACUGACAUCUGGUGGUGGAUAAAAUUACUUACGUAGAGAAUGUUUUCAUUAGAGAAUCACGUUGCAUCCAUGAAGAAUGUAUGUCACAGAAUGUGCAUGCUAAGGAGUGCCUUGCCAUGUUUUCUCACUGACAAAUGUUUGCCUCGAUAAUGUCAAUGUGGGGUAGCAAUUCUGGGAUAUUUAAAAAUAAACUAACUUAUGUGAAUGAUUAGUUUAUUCUCAUGGCGGAUCUCAUGGCGAACCGGAUGCUAGUUUAUCUAUGCCAGACAAUGCAGUAAGUAAGUAAGUAAGUCUUUCUGGCGUGUUUCCUCUGUAAAACAACAGCUUAUCCUCCAAAUGGAAAAAGUAGGGAGCAUAAAUUGGUUUCUGGCAAAUAACUCUGGCAAAUUUCUGUGAGCCUGGAAUUUCUCCUUGUAAAGUUUAGGCAUUUAUAAGUCUAUCCAGCCAUUGUUUGAACUGCAUUUCUUUCCAAAAAUGUAUUGGAUUUUUGGAAACUUGCAUGUAAAGUCUGACUACAACUGAUGAAUAACCAGGCAUGGAAAAGUCCUCCACUGAAAGCAUGGCUUUACAGUUUGUAUCCAAGGGAAUAGUGUCAGUCACGAUGUUGACACAUUACCCAAACUACAAAAACAAACGUGUACCUGCACAUCUCCUACGUAUCUUUCCAGCCCCCCACCCCUAUCUUUCUUACUAAAGCCCCCUCCUUCCCUCUAACCCUCCCUCUUUAGUUGGAGGUGAUGGGUGUGAACUGUCUGUGAUGACAGUGUCAAGUUACAGACCUGCUCAACAGGAUUCUACUCACUAUCUCUGGGUCUAAUGAACAACAUAUGCACUGUAAAAACAAGCCCAGCAAUGCAUUCAAAACCACUUCCUGCAGGGCAGACUGAAGCUGAGGGGAAAUGACAUCACAGGCUUUAAGUUGGGAUGUGAUGUCGAAAUCACCCAAAAACAGUUCAGGAACAGACGGGUACAGAUAAGUGUUGACACCAGCGACAGGUCGAAGUCCAGUUGCUGAUGUUACAAAACCAAUGGUGCAAGACAGACUGCUAGACUGCCGUCUGAUUUGGGGAACUCUAUAGGUCAACAAUGAGACAGGCUACAGGACACAGCAGUGACAACCCGAGGAACAAUGCUAUCCAGACUGGAUCAGUUGUUUUUCUCUCCAACCCUUUGAUGAGUGAUAUUGAGUCAGAUUGGUCCCCCAUUCAUGAUGCAGCCUACAAUGGACGUGUUCUCACACUGAGAAACCUAAUAGCUCAGGGAGCGUGUGUCAACCUGGCCACUCUAGACAGAGUCUCUCCCCUUCAUGGAGCAUGUCUGCAGGGACACACUGACUGUGCCCGGUUACUGAUAGAAAAUGGGGCAAACGUGACUGCGAAACUAACCCUGAUUCAGAUGACCAUUCUACCCAUGUUAGAUUACGGAGACGUCAUUUAUAGAUCGGCAGAGUUGAUCAGGCUGAUGAUUGUGGCCUGUGGAAUGCUGUCCUACUCCUCUGCAAUGGCUGUGCGAAGUUGCUGGAUAUUAGCGGGAACUGGAACACGCUGUCAUACACGUCUAUCCAGAGCAUUCCAAACAUGCUCAAUGGGUGACAUGUCUGCUCAAGAAACAUGGGACCAACACUUUAUAUAUCUCCAUGUGAAUGUCCCCAUGUUGGAGAAGACCACCCCUCUGUCGGAGGCCUGUGCCCGGGGCCACGCGGCCUGUGUGACCCUGCUCCUCCAGCACGGAGCCUCACCCCAGGGAUCCAGCCUCUCAGCCUCCCCCAUCCACGAGGCCGCAGCCAAAGGUCACCCAGAGUGCAUUGAGUCUCUGGUUCAUCACGGGGCAGAUGUAGAUCAGAACACUGACCAAUCAGGCUCGCCGCUCUACAUUGCCUGCACAAACCAGCAUCUGAGUACCGUGAGGAAACUGCUUCAGCUUGGUGCUAGUGUGAACAGGAGUAAGGAUGGGGACUCUCCUCUGCACGCGGCAGCCCGUCUGUCCAACCCUGAGCUGGUGACUGUUCUCCUGGAGCAUGGGGCUGACUGCAACUGCAGAGACACACAGGGCAAGCAGCCCCUGGACCUGGCCCUUGCCAACAGCCCCGUUGAGAAACUACUGGGCCACAGAGGAGGAGUGUCUCGUCUGAUGCAGCAGUGCCGGCUGUCCAUCAGGAAGGUUUUGGGAAAGGCCAGACUUAGUUCAAUCCAUGGUCUUCAGAUCCCCACAGAACUGAAGCAAUACCUUCUGUACCAAUCAGAUCUAUAGGGUAUAUCCAUUAAAUUAACAUAUUUUUUAUGUUCUCUCUCAAUGCAUUUCUACUUUCGGUCAAUAGGUGGCACCUUAGCACCAGCAUCUGUGGAGAGGACGUCAACACUUAUUGUGAAUGUUGAUUAGUGGGAUGGUUUGUGCCACAUUAUCAGAUUUGUGCACAUGAAAGAUAUGAGAAAGAGAGAACUUUAGAUUUUUUGCAUUCAGAAAUAAAUAAAUAAAUAUGUACUGCUACUUGAAAAUUGGUGUGAUAUUGCUCAACGGUAAGAUCAUAAAUGUUUACCAAAGGAAUGCCAAAUAAACAUAAUUAUUUUGUUUCAAACAA